UAUCGCAGCCGCCCGUUUGGGUCUACAAUAUGGCGAAUAUCAAAGCCCAUCUGGUCCAGCUCCAGAACAAUUUGAAGGUGGCCAAAAAUGAAGGCCAGCCGAAGCCGGAUAUCGGUCACUUCAUUUUCAAGGGCUCUCCAGGCACAGGAAAGACGACAGUCGCUCGAGCAAUGUCCAGGAUUCUGUAUGAAAUGGAGAUGCUCGCAAGUCCAAAGAUUGUAGAGACAUCAGGCUCAGAUCUCACUGGUGAAUACGUCGGUCAGACCAAAACCAAAGUUAGCGAGAAGCUUGGUCAAGCUCGAGGCGCCGUUCUCUUCAUCGACGAAGCAUAUGAGCUUGGGAAAGGCAGUUACGGCGAAGAAGCCAUGACGACACUCUUGGCAGCAAUGACUGAUCCCGAGUAUCGUGGCAUUGUCAUCAUCAUUGCCGGAUACGAGCAUGAAAUCGAUGAAAUGCUCGACCGCAACCCGGGCCUCAAGAGUCGAUUCUCAAAUAGCUUUUACUUCAACGACUGGUCCGCGACCGACACCCGGAACUUCCUCAUGCAAGAGCUUAAAUCGAAAUAUGAAAUUCGGGAUGAGGAUCAGCGCCAAAUUGAGCUGAUCAUACUUCAGCGGAUCCAGAGGCUGCAAGCCUUGCCAGGGUGGGCAAAUGCCCGCGAUGCGCUUGCAAUUGGGAAGAAGUUCCAAAUCAUUCGGUCCGAACGAGUGGUUCAGUUCCCAGAAUCGAUUCCUACGAUCCAGCUCGCUGAAAUCGAUCGUGCUCUUGAAGAAAUGAUUCGAGAGAGGACUCCAGCCAAGGGUGAGGCCGCCAUCCGAGGAGGGCGAAACCAAUCGUCAGCGUACCCCCGUCAGCUCUCGGCACCUCCUCCUCAGCAACAAUUCGCCUCAUCGCACGAGGAAAGAGAAGUCACCAGACCACAAAGCCCCAUAUCAGGCGAAGAUCUUACCCACGAUACUGAGGAACUCUCUGCCGAAAAUGGAGGAAAUCACGAUGAAGAAAACGCAGAUGAGGACGAUGACGACCUUCUCAAUGCCGAUUUUUCGUAUUUGCUUGGAGGAACCCGUGACUCUGGUGUCAGCGAUGAGGUUUGGGAAGAGCUCGAAGCGAUCAAACGCCGAUAUUUCGAGGAGCUCGAACGACUCCGUCGCGAGCGAGAAAUCGAGAAGCUGCGCCUUGAGCUCGAGAAACAAAAGGCCACACAAGAGCGUAUCCGACGGCUCUGCUCUUGUCCGAUGGGAUUCGCUUGGUACCAAGUUGGCGGUGGAUGGCGCUGUGCCGGCGGCUCCCAUUACGUUUCGAACGAGCAACUCCAGGCCAAUUUCAUGCAGUAACAGCACACAUGUCGCAAACAGACUUGAACCAGUGUCCCGUUUCGUUUGGGGGUACUCUGUUCUGGGUGAGGACUGUCGUUUUUCUGAGUUCUGAAUACACAACCGCCCGUCGCUGUGAUGCUCCAGUCGCAGCUGUUGUGUCGUGUGGAUUUGCGACGUCAAUGCGAUGCCCAGCACGAUCAUCGUGUGCAGGUCGAUUGUGGAAAUCAGGGAGCGACUGGAGGUCUUUAAUCGGGAGUAUUCACUCGAGUCUUCGCUCGAAGACUGUCUGAGUGAGCGAUUUCAUUGGAUAUGGCCCUGUUUGACGCCGGCCAUCAAAG